UGUGGUGGAGUCAGCUCAGGACUGCUUAGGGUCUUUGAGGGUAAGGUACAACUGUCCCUGAAGCUAGGUCACAUUCAAGUUUGGAACAGGGAGUCUUGCCCCUUCAUUGUUUCUGUUUCUCUCUGUGGAACCGAAAACCUCGGUAAAUUUGCCUCUGGAACAAGUGAGUGCACCCUGGGGAAAAAAAAUCCUUUUCUAGAGGCUUCUUGGGCUUGGCGGGGCACUUUUCUUUUUUCUGAAAUCCGUAAUUUCCAAAUCUAUAAAAGACUAGAUCCAUGUUCCUGGAAGCGGGACACUCACUCCUCUUGAGGAGAGACUGCUAGCUGUUGGCAACAGUCUAGAAGUUACUCAGAAAAUUAAAACAUUUUCACAUGUUCCCAGCCCAUCUCCUUGAAGUCAUUAGUCCACAAGACGACAUCAGGGUUUACGGCGAAAUUGUUUCUCAGGUGUUGUCUUUAAAGUUAAUUAUAUUUCAGCCACCCAGGACAAACUUCCAAGAUUACCGUAGAACUCCACCAGAAUGAAUUGUUUGUCCAAUCAUAGAAUGUCUUAAUUUAUCACCGUAAAUUGUUUCUCAGAGUUACAAUUUGCAUGUGAAACCACUCUAAUAAGUCCAACUUAGAGAAGACUGUUGACACACCAGUUGGAAUGGUUCCAAUAGCCUACCUCGCAAAACGCUUCAGAUUCACAGAAUUUGCUUUGUAAAAUAAAGCAGACUUCACUCUACAAAAAGAGAAAUCUCUCAUGGAAUUUUUAAACUUUCCCCGUUGAAAUGUUUUAACUGUGAUGUGUCUACUGAGGAGUUCUAUCUCUCCAUCUCUAUUCUUAGUACAAUAAGAGAGGUGUCAGAGUUUUCCAUUUAGAUCUACAACUUCAAAUUCUCAGCAUGGAAAACUCAGAGAAGACAGAAGUGGUUCUCCUUGCUUGUGGUUCCUUUAAUCCUAUCACCAAUAUGCACCUCAGGCUGUUUGAGCUGGCCAGGGACUACAUGAAUGGAACAGGGAAAUAUGAAGUUAUCAAAGGCAUAAUUUCUCCCGUCGGCGAUGCAUAUAAGAAGAAAGGACUCAUCUCUGCCCAUCACCGAGUUAUCAUGGCAGAACUCGCCACCAAGAACUCAAAAUGGUUGGAAGUUGAUACAUGGGAAAGUCUUCAACAGGAUUGGAUAGAGACUGCCACGGUGCUAAGACACCAUCAAGAGAAGCUGGAAGCCAGUAGCUGUGAUCAGCAGCAGGACUCACCUGUACUGGAAAGGCCUGGACGGAAGAGGAAGUGGGCUGAACAAAGACAAGAUUGUAGUCAAAAGAAAUCACUAGAGCAAACAAAAACAAAAGGUGUGCCAAAGGUGAAGUUGCUGUGUGGAGCAGAUCUCUUGGAGUCCUUUGGUGUGCCCAAUCUGUGGAAGGGUGAGGAUAUCACCAAAAUCGUGGGAGACUAUGGGCUUAUAUGUAUUACUCGGGCUGGAAAUGAUGCUCAGAAAUUCAUCUAUGAAUCCGACCUGCUGUGGAAACACCAGAACAACAUUCACCUGGUGAAUGAAUGGAUCACCAAUGACAUCUCAUCCACAAAGAUCCGGCGAGCCCUCAGAAGGGGCCAGAGCAUUCGCUACUUGGUACCAGACCUUGUCCAGGAAUAUAUUGAGAAGCAUAGUUUGUAUAGCUCCGAGAGUGAGGAGAGGAAUGUUGGGGUGAUCCUAGCUCCUUUGCAGAGAAAAACUGCAGAAGCUGACACAUGAGAAAUUCUCCAGCAUGGUAUUGUGGACUUUCCUUUUGGGAAUUUGAAACAGUGUGGGUGUUAGUAAAUGGGGGAAGGAAUUGUGAUCCUCUUUAAUAAAUUAAAGUUUAAAAGGUUGGUAAAAA